AUGAGGUUCCCCUCUCUGUUUGGGCCAGCGACGGCUGGCCCGUCGGCAGUUCUUCAGCUUUGGCUUUUCAGCCAAUUACCUCGUGUUUCCGCGCUGUCGUUUCAAUCAGUCGCUCAACCGGAGCUGGACCUCUCACGCCUCGGGCAAGUUGCUGUUACAGGAGACUUUGAUGCAGUAACAUUCUACUCGUACGCCGAACAGUCAAACACGCCCGCCACCGACGAUGACUCGCAGUCUAUCCUCACCCCCCUACCGAACGGAAUUCUCACCGCGCUAUCCUCCUCCGAUGCCGACAUUCGCGCAAUGUGCGCUUUCACAGAGCAAGACGGAUCGUAUUCGGGGAUCUUUGUCGGUGGAAACUUUACAAGCUUGGGGGGCACCAAGGCACCGGGAAUCGCGCUGUAUGAUCUGGAUUCUAACAACAUAACCACCCUUCCGGGUCUCUCGGGUUCAGUAUCGGCCCUGCUUUGUGAUCACGAAACCAACACCGUUUAUGUCGGCGGGUCUUUCAAGCAAGGGAAUACCACGAAUGCGGCGGCCUGGGUGCGCGGUGAGGGUUGGAAACGGUUAUUAUUCGGCGGACUCAACGGGCCAGUCUCUUCAAUUGUCAAGGGCGCUGACGGUCAAAUUAUUUUCGGUGGUUCUUUCGAUGGCAUUGGCAACUCAACAUCGUCAAAGAAGAACGAACAAGUCAUCAACCUUCAGGAUGCCUCAAUCUCCUCCGACACGAGAUCUACAAGAAGUGGGUUUACCGAUGCGCGAAACGUCAUUUGCCCAGCCAGCGGUGCCGAAGGCGCGGGGGACACAUGGUUGUUAGCCGACUAUGCCCUAGGAUACUGGCGUGCGGAAAUGCGAUUCAACUUCUCCCCGUCCAAGCUUCGCUUGUAUAACACACAUUUCGAAGGCCGGGGUACGAAGGCCUUCCUGUUUAGGGCCUUGCCUGACAACGGAAUCAUGAACCUGACCUACACCGACCCAGACACCGGCGACGACGUAAAUUGCGAUGAGUACUGCACGCUCUCUGAUAGCUCGGAGGAAGAGUACCGUGACUUCAAAUUUGUGAAUAGCGUGGGUAUGACUGGGUUUAACCUUGAGGUUCGGGACUAUUAUGGCAUUGGUGCCGGCUUGAAUGGCAUUGAAGUGUUCACAAAUGAUGUAUACGCCUAUGCUAUUAAUGACUUCAACGAGCCCAGCUGUGCGGAUAUUGCAGAUUCCUCUACAUCCACUCAAUCAGGAUCUUGGACUGUCACCAACUCUACUGAAAGUCCCUCCGACUACCUAACGGCACAGGUUUCCGACUCUGACGCCGCCAGCACGUUCGUUGUCUUUGAGCCGGAUGUCAAGCGGUCCGGAAACUACACGAUCCUUCUUUUCACCCCCGGAUGUCAGCAGGACGGAACCUGCGGUUCUCGAGGCAUUGUCAAUGUUACGGCUACCGUCCAAUCUGAUUCUGAAGCUGCCGAGCCCAUCGAGACCCAACUCUAUCAGACCAACGUAUACGAAAAAUACGACACCAUCUACAGUGGUCCCGUAGAUGCUAGCGAAGACGGCUUCCGUCCUCGCGUGACGUUGACUCCAAUCGCUGGCCAAGGAGAUAUUACUGUUGUGGCUUCACGAGUGAAAUUUGAACUCCGCUCCGCCUCAAACAGCACAAGCGGGGAGCUGAAUGGUAUGUACGAGUACGAUCCAGCAGCAACGAACGCCAGUACCAAUCUCCUGGAGUCCACGAUCAAUCGGGCAGCUACAGAGCUUUCUUCCAAGGCCUCAAUCAAAAGUCUCGUGCGUCAUGAAGGCGUGCUUUAUGCCGCUGGAAACUUCUCCAACUCCGAUGUCAGCAAUGUCUUUGCCCUCGAGGGAGACGCAAACAUCACUGCUCUGUCCCAGAGGGGCCUGAACUCACAGGCGGCAACAAUGGCUGUACUCAACAACAGGCUCUACGUUGGUGGGAAUUUUACUGGAACGUCUUCUGGAGAAAGUGACAACCUCAACUAUGUUGCAUCUUACUCUUUCAAUUCUCAAGCCUGGUCGGCUCUUGGCGGUGGCGUCAAUGGUCCUGUGAAGCAUGUCAUUGCCCUUCCUCUGAAUGUGUCGACCGACCUCAACGAGACGAUCCUUGCUGUAAGCGGUGAAUUCAAUCGAUUACUUGCGUUUGACGAUAAUCCUGCUAUUCCGGUCUCCGGGUUCGCUGCCUGGGUUCCGUCACGCAAAAACUGGCUCCAGAAUCUCAACGUCAGCCAAUUGCAGUACUCUGGGCACGUGUCAGCAUUUGCUCAGUUAAACGGCACAACAGUUAUUGCUGGUGACCUUACUUCAGGAGGGAUUGCUGCUGGUGGCGCCGUGGCAUUACUUCACGAGCAUGGACUCCAUCUUGACCCUCUGCUCAGCAGCACCAACUCAACCGGAGAAACCUACACAGGCAUCUACGAGACAAGCUCUGGCCGUAACUUUACCAUCCUAGGAGGCCACUUCAAUGUUACCACCGAUGAUGGGUCAACUGUGCGAAACCUGGCCUUAUUAGAUGGCUCGAACGGCACCAUUAGUGGCUUCGGAACCGAAGUCGACAAUAACUCCACGUUCUUAGCUCUGGCAGUUUCUAGCAACAUCUUGUACGCUGGUGGCCGCGUCACUGGUACCGUUGAUGACUCCAGGUUGGAUGGUUUGGUCCUCUAUGACCUCCAAAACAUGACCAUAGCACAAACUCAGCCACCAAGAUUCCAUGGUGACGAAGUAUCUGUGCAUGCAAUUGCCCCCCGUCCGGACGCGGAGGAGAUCUAUGUCGGAGGACAUUUCUCACAAGCCGGAGGCCUUCCUUGUCCAGGAGUCUGCUAUUACAACCUUAAGGACCACCAGUGGAAUAGACCAGGACUGGAGCUCGAGGGCGACGUUUUGGCUCUCAAAUGGGCUAGCGGUAAUACCCUUAUAGCUGUCGGCAACCUCACGGUCCUAGGCAAUGAGACGGCAGUUGCAACCUACUCCGUCAACAACCAUGCCUGGGAGUCCUUUGAAAAGGCCUCUGCCGUUCCGGGCCUUGUGACAGCCUUUAGCCCAGCUAUUGGAGAUGUGUCCAGAUUUUGGCUUGCUGGGCAAUCUAAGAAUGGCUCGAGCUUUGUCGUUAAUUAUGAUGGAUCUACUUUUCAUCCAGCCCAGUACAUCUUCGAUGCCGGAACUGUGAUACGUGGACUUGAAGUUAUUCCUCUAUCCGAUGAUCAUGAUGACAAUGAUCUGCUCGAGAAGGACCUGACUCUGCUGAUUACUGGUGACCUUGCCGUCCCAGACUUUGGCAAUGCAUCGGCUGCCCUAUUCAAUGGCACCACACUGUCGCCUUUCAUUAUCUCUACAUCUGAUGGAAAAUCCGGCCGUAUGUCGCGGAUGUUCUAUGAGAACAGCAAUCCCUACGCCAGAGAAAGCGGCCAUCAUUCCAAUGGAAUUGUUGUCUUGGUAGCCUUUUGCUGCGCGCUUGGCUGCGUUUUCCUGAUCGUCAUCGCCGGUGUGAUCUUCAACAAGAUCCAGCGCCGUCGCCAGGGUUAUAUGGCAGCCCCUCAAGCGGUUGGAACAGACCGACCAACGUCCAUGCGUCGACUCCCUCCGGAGUACCUUUUCAACUCGUUGAAACAGCCAAAUCCAGGCGCACCGGCCAUAUGA